GCUGCCGGGGACGUCCAUGCACAAGUCUCUAUGCGUGGGGGUGUGCGCCUUCCCCUUGGGAAGGUGUCCUUGCCAUGCUUCAGAUCUGGCUGUACGCAGCGUCAAGGCUGGUGAUCCUGUGCAUCGGCCACCAAGGCAGCGAAAAUGGGCCCCAGAGACCUCGGUGCCUGCUGCCCAGCCCCACCCUGCGUCUCAGGCGUGGCCCUCAGCCCCCUGGAUGCUGCCCUCUGCAGGUGGCUGAGAUCCGGGUUGAGAUGGAGCUGCGGGACGAGAUUCUGCCCAGAGCCCAGAAUAUCCAGAGCCGCCUGGACCGACAAACCAUCGAGACAGAGGAGGUGAACAAGACGCUGAAGGCCACCCUGCAGGCCCUGCUGGAGGUGGUGGCGUCGGAAGAUGGGGACAUGCUCGACUCCUUCCAGGCCAGCCCCUCCACCGAGUCCCUCAAAUCCACCAGCUCGGACCCAGGGGUUCGGCAGGCCGGCCGGAGGCGGGGGCAGCAGCAGGAGACCGAGACCUUCUACGUCACGAAACUCCAGGAGUACCUGAGUGGACGGAGCGUCCUCACCAAGCUGCAGGCCAAGCAUGAGAAGCUGCAGGAGGCCAUUCAGCGAGGUGACAAGGAGGAGCGGGAGGUGUCUUGGACCCAGUACACACAGAGAAAACUCCAGAAGAGCCGCCUUCCCCGCCCCAGCUCCCAGUAUAACCAGAAGCUCUUUGGGGGAGACAUGGAGAAGUUUAUCCAGAGCUCAGGCCAGUCUGUGCCCCUGGUGGUGGAGAGCUGCGUCCGCUUCAUUAACCUCAACGGCCUGCAGCACGAGGGCAUCUUCCGGGUGUCGGGCGCCCAGCCCCGGGUCUCGGAGAUCCGUGACGCUUUUGAGAGAGGAGAGGACCCCCUGGUGGAGGGCUGCACCGCCCAUGACCUGGACUCGGUGGCAGGCGUGCUGAAGCUCUACUUCCGGUGCCUGCAGCCCCCGAUAUUCCCCCCAGAGCUGUUCAGAGAGCUGCUGGCUUCUGCGGAAGCGGAGGCCGCGGCGGAGCGGGUGGAGCGCGUGAGCAGCCUCCUGGCCCGGCUGCCCGGACCGGUGCUGGUGGUCCUGCGCUACCUCUUCACCUUCCUCAACCACCUGGCCCAGUACAGCGAUGAGAACAUGAUGGAUGCCUACAACCUGGCCGUGUGCUUCGGGCCGACGCUGCUGCCCGUGCCCGCCGGGCAGGACCCGGUGGCCUUGCAGGGCCGGGUGAACCAGCUGGUGCGCACGCUCAUCGUGCAGCCCUCGCGGGCCUUCCCGCCCCCGGCCCUGCUGCCCGGCCCUGUGUACGAGAAGUGCAUGGCGCCGCCUUCUGCCAGCUGCCUGGGGGACGCCCAGCUGGAGGGCCCGGCGGGGGAGAACGAGCCGGAGCCGGAGGCUGGGAGCCUGGCCCAGGAGGAUGACCCGGAGGGGGUUGUGGAGGCCGUGGCCUGCUUUGCCUACACGGGCCGCACGGCCCAGGAGCUGACCUUCCAGCGGGGGGACGUGCUGCGGCUGCACGAGCGGGCCUCAGGCGACUGGUGGCGGGGCGAGCACGCCGGGGCCCGGGGACUCAUCCCCCAUAAGUACAUCACGUUGCCGGCAGGGGCAGAGAAGCUUGCUGUGGGCCAGGGGCUGCCGGCCGCCGGGGAGCUGGUGAGCAGCCCAGAGGCCCUCCCGGCCAUGGAGCUUGUCCAGAGGCCAGAGCCGUGCACCCAACCCGAGGCCCCUCUCGGCACACCCGGGGGCCCCUCUGGGCACAGACGGCGCUGCUUGGUCCCAGCAUCCCCGGAGCGACAUGUGGAGGUGGAUAAGGCCGUGGCGCAGACCAUGGACUCUGUGUUUAAGGAGCUCUUGGGGAAGACCGCCGUCCGUCAGGGCCUCGGGCCGGCGUCCACCAUCUCCCCUGGCCCUGCGCCCCGCAGCCCAAAGCCCGUGGCCUGCGGCCGCCUCGGCAAGAACAAAGGCUUCUCCCGUGGCCCUGGGGCCCCAGCCUCACUCUUGGCCUCCCAUCCCCAGGGCCUGGACUCACCCCUCAAGCCGCACUGAGGUGUUACCGGUUCCUCUGCAGGCCCCGCCCCGCCCCAGGCGGCCACGGGCGAGACCGGCCGGGCUCCCCAGGCCCCUUGCUUCUCCCUGGUCCUGCUCGUGACCGUCUGCAGAGAGGAGGACGAGGCCGCCCCAGCCCACCCCUGCCUCCCCCGCCCUGGCUCAGGCCCCUCUGGGAGGCAGCCGAGGAGGGAGGCUGGGGGCAGGCCCCUCCUGGGCUGGCCGUGAGGGCUUGUCGCUGGUUGUCGGGUGCUCGGUGCCCUUGCUCAGCCGAGGGUGCCAGCCUGGUGUUGGUGGCCAUUCAUAAAGUCCUGGGCA